AUGACACCAACGAUACCAUUCGCUUAUAAGCUCUUCUUUAUUUACAUAGAGCCGAUUUCCGCGCUCGCAGGCGCCUACUACGCUGCCCUCGAGCCGACUGCGUACCUGCGUGACCUCAGCCUGCCCUCCGCACCUGCGCCUACGUCCGCGCUCGGGCUAGGCGUAACGCAGCAGACGACCAUGGCGCUCUACCAGCUCGCGAACCUGUACCUCCUCUUCGCGCUCAACGAGCACCUCGUGCUCUCGUCCACUCAGAGCCUGAAGACCUGGCGAAGGCUAUUGUUUUGUCUGCUCGUUGCAGACUUUGGACACCUCGCGACGAUGGCGCCGCUCGGCGCGCGGGUGUUCUGGGCAGUGUACGAGUGGAACGCGAUGGUAUGGGGGAGCGUGGGGUUUGUUUAUCUGGGCGCUACUAUGCGGAUGUGUUUCCUUAGGGGUGUUGGAGUUGUAGAUGAUUGCCCAGGAAAGAAGGAACAUUGA